GUUCGAGAUAAAUCCAAAUCUUGGAUAUUAGCUGGACUUUCUUUAGCAUUUACUAAAAUGGACAUUGACAUUUGGAAUCAAACUUCUACUAAUACUAAUACAAAUGAAUCAGCACAUGCAAAUAUCAAUCAAGAUGGACAUUCUUUAUCUCUUUUAGCAGCAAUUUAUCAUGAUUUUGAUCAACGACAAUGGCAUGCAGCGAAAACAUAUGAACAAUAUAAUACCAGUUCAAAUCGUGGUGAUUACUUACCAACUAAUCAAGAGAUCGAAAGUAUAAUUGAAUCAUCCAUCCCUGAAAACUCUCACAAGGCUACUAAAAAAUAG